CGACCACGGAAGACCAAUCCUAGUCCAGCAGACCCACAACAACCAUCAAUUAGCACGAGACCUCUAAAAUUAACUUCGCUUGAGAAGCGAGUCAGACAAAAGGAGCUUUGAAAGGUUCGCGAAGGUUAUGGCAUGCUUACAAUUGAGGAAACAGGAAACAGAUAUGAAAGGGUAUCUUAUUGUUCUUUGGUCUUGAAUUGUUAUGUGUUGUUUUGUGUAGAAUUGUUAUGUUUUAUGUUUCUAUGGUUUGUUGAACAACUGCCUGGCCAGAAAAUGGCUAAAUUUUUGGGUAGUCCUCAACUCAGAAGUCGUCCCACAACAACAAGUGAAGCAGCUUCGACAAUAACAUCUCCUUCCUACGCAAUGCCAACUGUUUCAAGCUCAAGCCGAGGAGAAAUCAGAGGUACUGGCAGAGGUGCAAUCGGAGGAGCCAGCAUAGGUGCAAUUAAGGAGCCAACAAAUUUGCAAUUGGAGGAGCCAGCAGAGGUGCAAUCAGAGGAGCUAGCCGAGGGGGAAAGACAAGGGGAAUUAGCCGAGGCGUUGUCUUCAUUGCGUCGCAAGAAAGCAUAG